AUGCCUAGAAACCAGAACCAUGAUGAAGCAUCUAGCACGAAGAGGAUCAAGACUUUUGACAAUGGUAGUAUGGCAUCUCGGUCAGAUCUUAACCAUGAUGUAUUUUUAUUAGUUAUGAUGCGACUCGGAGUUGUUGAUUUUCUUGCAUUCAGUAGAGUAUGCAAGCCAUGGAGAUCUUUUGCACUCUCCAACAGGAACAAGUUUAUGGCCUCGAAAACACCCAUGUCCAUAUCUAUAUCUACUCAUGCUAAUGAGAAAGAGUGUUACUUAGAGGAAUUUGAAGGAAGAAAGUUCAAAACCAUUCUUCCUCAUUAUGCUAACAUGACAUGUAUUGGGGUAACUUGUGGUUACUUAAUCUUCCUUGGUAAGAAAACCCUUGACUUUUGGCUUGUGAAUCCUAUCACAAAGCAUGAAAUUCGUUCCCUUAUGUCCCCUUGA